ACUACUUAGUUUAAUAUGAUAUUAUUUUGCCUUUGCCCACAUUGACAAAUCGUUUGUAAAUAAAUAACAAAUACCUAUAUAUAUUUUCCCUUUUAAGCAAUUUAUGAAAUACAUAGAAAAAUUACUACCUACCAUUAUUUUUGUUACACUUUCUAGACUACGAAGUUCCUCGGCGCAAAUAGAAAAGCUCGUGGACUAUAUGUCCACGAACCCAUUAUUUGCUGCCGGGGAAUUUCGCGGCCCACUCGGUUACGAGCAGAUGGCAGCCGAGUGGGUCCAGCUAAAGGCCAUGUUGGCCAACUACGGGCCCGAUAAGUCCGUAGAACAGUGGAAGCACGUAAGUAUGCUUGUUUGAUUAUAUUGUCAUACUAAUAGAAUCUAGUAGUUGUGUGCGUGUUUAUUAGGGCUGAUUUAGACGGCGCGCUAACUCGCAUGCGAUUUUAGUUACAUUGCGGACUGUUGGUUACGUCCAAUUCAACCGACCGAUCAAAAACCGCAAUGUAAUAAAACUUGCAUGCGAGUUCUCGCAUCACCUAAAUAAGCCCUUAAGUUUUAUAGGGUAACUAGUGACUACCUACAUUUUUUUCUGUUUCAAUAAGCAAACACGCGCAAUCAAUAUAUAAAAAACCUUAUUUAUGCACACUCACUCAUGCUCAGUCAGACAUCUACUAACUAAUAUUUUCUUCAGUACAAUAAAGAUGUUCACAAAUUAUAUCAAUUAAAAAUUUUCAUAAAAAUAUUUUUCAGACGUGGCGUGAUUUGAAGAAAAAAGCCCGUGCGGACGGGGGGCGGAUGCGCCUCACUCUCAAUAGAACGGGGAACGCAGAGGCCGUCCCCGAACUGAGCACCAGUACAUACAAAAUACUUGGGGCAAUUGGUACGGAGUGCGCCACGGGCAUCGGCGUCGAGCAGGAGACAGGGAUUGGCUCGGGAAUUGUUGAUUCUGGAGCAACGGAGUUUUCGUUAGAGGCGGGAGGGUCGCAGCAACUACAGGCGGAUCAUAUUGAUCACGCCGAAGUAGUUGUGGUGACUCCCUCGCUUCCGACGAGGCCUCGCUUCCGCCGUCCACGCCCGAACAUCGCGCCGACUACCCGGCGGCGCCCGCAACAUCACCAACAGCAUUCUGCUGCUUUUGUAGCCGCCCAAAGGGAAACCAAUAUCAUAUUACGGGAUAUAGCAAAUGAGAUCCGCGGCACGGCGCGGCGCGAGAGACGUCGGAUUAUUGGCCCCUUACACCAGCUUAAAUUUUGA